UCGAACCCGUCCGCCUAUCGAGAUAUCGCGCCAAAAUAUUUCUAUCUACGAUUAUUUCGUGUUAAUUUUCGUCGAUAUUCUAUCGUGUCGUUAAUAACGUCGCGAUUCGUUUGUCCACAAUGAGAAAAAGACUGAUUGGCUUAUUGCGUUUUAUAUAAUGUAAUAAACGUAUACUGGAAUGGUGUAUAACCUGUUUGUAAACACGACAGACGCGUGACCCAAACGACUCAAAAUUCUCGUAUAUUCUACGCCGAACAUGAAAUUGAAUAUUCGUCGCGAAGAGUGAGUGAAUUUUGACGCAAUUAUAUACGAUACGCAAUUAUUAUAUUUGUGAAAUUUUGACGAUAGUGGCGUCUGUGGCGUCUGUCCAAACAUCGAACAAUCGAACUUUCAAAUCGAUCGCUGAUUGGCUAUAUCGAAUGAGCGAUUUUUCCAUGUAGUGUCGUUCGUCUGAUUUUAUUCUUCGGUCACAUUCGUUCAUUCCAUUGUUUCCAAAGUUUUCACUAUGAAGGUGAUCUACUUUUUCACGAUUCUCUGGACACUAGCUGUUUCUACGUUCUGCGAGCCAGUGAACGAACCUCCGAAAACGAAACUGACGAUUCUAAAAUGUUGUCGACACAUGGAGGAGUUGGAGAAAGAAUUGGACAAUGACAUGGACGCCAAGUCUCGUUGCGUAUCGACUCAAUUCGAUUGGAAACCUGUCAUCUAUUCGCCUUCCAAACAAAAGAUGUUGGAUACUCCGCCAGAAGAAUGGAAUAUCGUCGAAGGAAAGAAGCCAGAUUGCAAAGACAAUUCGGUGUUAACCUAUGUGCCGUACAGACACACGAAUCCAUUCGUAAUCAUGGACGAUGGUCGCGUGCUUCCCGACAUACACGUGAACGACACAUUCGAACCGAACGAAUACUGCGCCGAUUCUAAUGCCUUGCUCGUGUGUAUGAAAAAUAAAAUGAACGGCAGUCAUGCAGCUAAUACGAUGAGGCCACGAGUUAGACAAUGCUGUGGAGAAAAUGCGGCUUUCUACGAAGAAAUACAUUCGUGCGCCCAUCUGAAGGAAGCCGCGAAUCCAACACCUUUAUUGCCGAAUGCGUCCGCCUCUGUUGAUAUAGUGCCUGGUUUCCCAACGUGUCCUCGUUCCGACAACUUUACGAUUUUGGGAGAUGCGAAAGAUGCCGUAUUGUUGCCGGAUGGAGGCCUGAAAAUCGACGGAGUCACUUUACCCAGUGGCAAGUUCUGCGUCGAGAGGAUCAAGGAACUGAAUCACGUGUCCAAGGUCUUCGCUUGCUCCGAGAACGCAUCGCAAAGACCUAUAAUGCAAGCGGCCGACAUCAGGUUCACCUUGUACCCCGUGGGCUUCAUCAUUAGCGUGGUCUUUCUGGCAGCCACGUUGGCCGCCGGUUGGCUGCUGCCAGCCUCUCAUCACGUUCUGCAUUGGCGCUGCCAGACUCAUCAUGUCACCUGCCUGAUGCUCGGUGAUCUUCUCAUGGCCAUCAUUCAACUCGCCGGAGACUCCCUUCACGGUGUAAGCUGUAAAGCGCUCGCAAUCAUGGCUCACUUCUUCUUCCUUGCCGCGUUCUUCUGGCUGAACACGAUGUGCUUCAACAUCUGGUGGACGUUCAGGGAUCUGAGACCGGCGAGCUUGGAGAAAGGCCAAGAGACCCUUCGACUACGAGUGUACGCCUGCUACGCGUGGGGUGGCCCCCUUCUGGUCGCCGGUUUGGCCGCCCUUCUCGAUCAUCUUCCGCCCCAACCUCAGUACACGUUCCUCAGGCCCCGUUUCGGCGUGAAACAGUGCUGGUUCUAUGAUGACAUGGCAAUCUUGGCAUACUUCUUCGGCCCCAUCGGCUUCUUGCUCGCUGUCAAUCUUCUGUUUUUCGCAGCAACCGCCCGCGAGCUGACGUGCGGUCUAUGGAAAGGCGAAUUCGUGAAAAGCACCACGGAACGAGCCGCAUUAGGCCGCGUGUGCAUGAAGCUGGUGGUCGUGAUGGGCGUCACCUGGGUGGCCGACGUCGUCUCGUGGGCGGUCGGUGGCCCUCAAUACAUCUGGUACUUCACCGACAUGAUAAACGCGUUCCAGGGAGUGCUAAUCUUCGCGGUGGUUGGCUGCCAGCCCCAGGUCCGCGCCGCGUUGAAGAGGAUCUGCAACAGGAACCCGAGGACGAACGCUGGAAGGCAGGGAAACGGGCUGAGCACUACCAGUCACGGGAUGCCCAGCAUGGGCGACAGCGUCAUUCAGAAUCCGAGCACGAAGACCGCCCCGCUGGAAACCAUCUGCUAAGCGACUUCCUCCGACCGGUGCCGCGUUCACCUCCACGCUUCGGAGAUCGUCGCUCCACCAUCGUCCACGUUUAUCCACGAACGCGGAAUUUCGGUGGACGGGAAGCGGCGCCUGCUCGAAACACGUUGAACAGACGCGGAAGUCGAUCGAGCGGAAGAACAUUGUAUACGAAGCGAUCAGCGUGCGAAACGUCCAACCAUUGAUAGAUCGGUACCAAGAAGCAGAAUUAAUUAGAUUCGGAUUAAAGUCGUCGCGAUGUAAAACGAUACAGAGGAGGAUCGUGCUCGAUUGAUUUACUUGAGUAUCGACCAAAAGAAAACGCUUGGUUUCCCCUUCUAUUAAAUAUUAAAUAAUUUCCAAUUACGUUGGGUGAACGUAACGCGUUACAGAUAUUAUGUUAUAUUUGAAAAGAAAAAAAAAAAGGGUUGAUAUCCGCUGUGAAAGAAGUGAAAAGCAGCGUUGAGCCGUAAGGACGAUUUCCUCCUUAAGGUCACUUCGAAAGGGGACAGAAGUUGGUGUUAAAGGUUCGACGACCUCGAGACCUUGAACUUGGAAAAAAAGCCUCGACUUCCUCGAUCCCCUCGACCGCUUCUCGACACGACGACACCCGUUCCACGAGGAUCGUCUGGCCGCGAAGUAGGCCCUGGUUCCAUUCGCGUUCUCAAACUUCUUUUCUCUUCUCUUCUCUUCUCUCGUCUUUCCUCUUCGAGGUCGUCAACCUCGGCGAUACACGAUCGCGAAGAAGCACGCGUGUGACGUCGGCCGCGGUCGGUGUGUGUCCCCCGUGGGCUAGGUGGAAAGCGGCCAUAACGCGCGAGCACUGUCACUCUGAAUAGUUCAUUGUCGCGACAGGGAGCAGCACAAUGGAGAGCGGAGAAAACAACGCGACAAAUAUUCAUAGAGAAGACCCGUCCCGGUUCGAGUUACCUCGAGAGAGAGAACCACGUUCCUCGCUACUUACGCCCCCACCUUUCGCUCGCGUCAGAUCCUGGCCAGAUGUCGUCGCAAUUUGUAGUUUGAAUCAAUCUUCUCUGGAUUUUGCCUUCUCGUUACAAUGAGCGAAUGACUCUCUGACGCGAGAGUCCGUUGUCCACGGUAAUUCUAAGACUUUUCACAUUGUUAUCGUCCGAUUAAAAAAUGAAAUGUUGGUCGCGAUUGUGUUGGUCGAUAUUAAUAUUUGUAUUCGUUCAUUUUCUUUUUUUUUUCUUAUCAUUCGCGCGAUGUGGAAACGAGUGUACGAAUGUAACGCAUAUAAUGCAUGUCUCCUUAUUUUUUCGAUUGAAAAAUAUCGAGCACAGAUAUAGAAUCGUUCACGUCAUUGAUAAUCGGCCAAUAUUCAUUUUUAAUCGAAAAAAAAAAAAAAAGAGAGAGAGAGAGUUCAAAAAGGAGGUUGUAAACUGAAAUGCGAAACGAGAACGAUUUAUCAUAGAUUACACAAUGAUUUAUCACGUGUUACGAUCAACCGAUUACUUCGAUUACGUGCAGAUGAACGAAGUUAACGAGAUGAUGUGUGGCCGAUACGAGACGCGCUGUUUCGAUAUUAAUAAGUGGCGCCAGGCAAGUGCAACGAGAUCGACCGCGAUUACGGUCGAAUUUUUGUUCCCCUCGCGACAAUAAGGGAUCAUCGAUAUUAAUAUAUCUCGAGAUCGAAAGGAGUCUCUCGUCAAGUUCGCUUUGGUUUUACGCGACGACUCGAUGGCACUUUCGCGCCAUGGCCUGUUUCAAUUUCCGCGAUUCUCAGAGGUGUAACGUGGAUGAUUUUAGAAAAAUUUAAUUACGAUGAACAAUAGAGAGAAAAUUUCGAUUUGUGAGCGAACGAUGAACGCGACUCGCUCGAUCGUGAAAUUGAACGUGGAUGGCCUUGACCCGUGUUUGCAACCACGGUGUGUCGAGAAAGGACGAACGAUGAAUUCCGUACUUUCUUCUAAGGCUCGCCCCGCUUCGUUAUUCAUCGAGCGUGCCUGGAGCCACGAGCGAUCGCUCUUCAAUUUCCUUUAGCAUAAAUUUGCAUUGGCACCGUGGCCCAUCGUGGCUACCAUUUAACGCGUUGAAUUCGAAGUCUUAUAACGUCGUUCAUUUCGGUCGCGCGUCAUUUUCUCUGAUUAAACUCUUCCAAUUGUUUUAUUUCUUUUUUUAUAUCCAGAGACAUUCUCAGAUUUACUCUCGUCCAUCUGUACAGUUCGUAACCUCCUUUGGAUCACAGUAUCUCGGCAACGGACUAUGAAAGAAUUUAUUAUGAAAGGGACUCGAAGGAAAGUAUUCUCACUGCCACAGAAUUCAAAUUUCAACGAGAAGACUCGAAGCAACGGAUUUUUUUUCAAAUCGAGUUGCGAAAAAUUUUGAUAAACGUUUACACUACGCUACGUCGAUUGUAAGCACAACGAACAUGUUCGUUCGUUUCGCUUAGAAAAAACGAUAUAUAUUCUUUUUUUAUACUUUGAUACCGCAUGAACAUGAUUUUUUAUAUAGAUGAUACUUAUACGGGGAUAGAGAUCGAGUUGAAAAAGAGUUGAAGAAAUUAUCGAUUAAAUUUGAAUGAUCGCCAAUGAGGAUUCCUUUUUUUUUCUUUUUUUUUUUUUUUUUUAAACGGAUUAGUCACGCUUUCACGAAGUCAAACGUAGGUAGGUCAGGGCAUAAUGGACGACAACUCGUGACAAUACACAUUAGGAAUUCAAUGCCUUCUGAAAUGCCUUCCAAACAUGGUGUUCAACGUGCCGAAUUGUAUACAAUGGAGAAACAAGCGGAGACCGUACGAAGUCCUUGUCGGUUCUCCUCUCAUCGCGUGUACAACGCGAGAUUGCUAUUUCUCCACGCGAUUUCCGGCGUAACUUCCGAUGACAUUCCUCCACAGAUUCAUUCAACUUGUGAUCAUGAAUUAAUUAAUUAAUUACACUUGCUAUUCUAUACGAAGAAGCGAAGCAUCGAUAACGAUAGAACUUCAUUUAUAUGAAUCUGGUAAAUUCAUAUAAUAUAAUAAUCUAUCCAUUAUUUAUAUUAUUCUUAAGCUUUUAUUCAAAUAUUUAGAGUUUAAGUUCUAGCUUAUCUCUUCGAAUUAUACAUAUAGUUGUACAUUAGUCCAUUUUAUUUUAAUCAUCAAUGUAUAAUCCACUUUUUCCUUUUUUAAUCUUUUCCAGAACACCAAUAUAUAUUCUUUUGCGUUAUUACUUUGGUUUUCGAAAAGCAAUACGAAUGUCAUGGGAAAUCGCCGGGUGCGAUAGAACGCACCGCAUAAAAACCGUCUCACGUAGAGUUAGGUACCUCGCACUCGAGUUUGCUAUUCUUUAGACCGCACGUUCGCGUAGUUUCUCGACACGUGAACGAGAGUAGAGUAAUCAUCGUCAUUGUUUCUUCAGGUGCAUUCAAGAGACUGAGCCAUGUACCCUUCGCUCACGUUAAACCGAAACUAUCCGAACUCUCCGCGAAGAUACUCGACAAUGUUUUCCAAAUACGAACUUACUUCUGAAUCGGUAGUAUCAAAUCCUACGUAUAACACUCCCUGCCUUCGUUUCCUCGAUAAUAAUUAAUCUAAAAUACGAAUCUUUUCGUUUCGUGCACUGUUGCUUUGUCGUCAAACCCGUACGAUGGAUCUUGAAACGCAGAGGGACGGAUAGUUUCUCUAAAAUCAUAUUAGUUCCUUUUCUCGUUGUAUGGAUGGGGGAGUGGAACGCCAAGUUGUCGAAGUUUCGAACUUUUUCGAGUAAUGGGAGAAAUGGGAGAUGGUACGAUACCUCGUCAACAUUCGCGUCCACGUAGCGUGCGUGUCGUGCAUGCGUGCACAUAUCGAAUAAUUGCGUGUCAAUGCGAGCGUGUGAACGGCACAGUGUAAUUAGCGCAUUAACGAGCAUUAACUUUGUUAUAAAUCCCUUGCUGUGUAUAAUCGCUGAUGGCGGGCGUAACGAGCCGACGACAAUUGUAAAAUUUCCAUUCUGUCCAAUAAUGUAUCGUCGCAAGAACGAACUAGGCCGUCGUUUUAUUUCGCGUUAUAUCUGGAUCGAUUCGAACGUUCAAAGAUCAAUUGCAUAUAGAAUUCUCGGCCAAUCGACGAUUGUUGUCAGCGUCGUCAAACGCUGUUACGCUGUCUUUCGGUUGCCUCCCCUAUUGCAUCUCCUCGUGUAGAUAACAUUUCUCCCGUCAUUAUGUUAAAAUGUUAAUUAUAAGUAAGUAGAGUAGAUACGUAUAUUAAGUUAUUAUUCGUAUCCGUCGCGUAAGAAAAGAAAAAUAUAUGCGAGCAAUUAUUAUGAAAAUCGCGUUCUACGUAAGCCAUGAUCGUAAGACGGAUUUCGAUGUACAUUAAUUUAACAUUCAACGUAUGAUAUUCAAUGAUAGUUCGUUACGUAGUUAAGAUAAUAUACGAGAUAAGAGGAACAACGUAGCCUUAAAAUUAAUUUAUUCGGAGUAGUCAUUGUUGGCGUAUGAACAAUAAGAGGAACGUAUAAUAUAUAUAGUAUACACAUACAUAAAUACACGUAAAGAACGUAUAUAUGUAUAUAUAUAUAUAUAUACGGUAUACGGUAGCUUGCCAGUAUAGAGAGGUAGAAUUAAGAAGAGAACACGUGAAUCACGACGAGGGCACGAAAGGAGAACGUCGAAAAGAGAUAACGACCGUUGCGAUCGUUACGGGAGAAAAUCCUCGCGAUCAAAUGGAGAGAGAGACGCUUAUUGAGGACCGCGUGCCUUCGCGUAAUUUACGUGCGUGCAUUCGCAGCGCGGAAAAUCCAAUGUUGAAUUUAACAUCGAGGACGUUCCAAGUCGCGGUGAAACGCAUUCGGUAUGCGCAAUCGUGACCAGUUGAAUAUAUUGGAAAGUCUUUGAAACUUUUUUAUCGAUAAAAGAUGUUGGAAUUGAAAAAAAAAAAAAAAAAAAAUGCGUUGUUGAUUAUAAUACUUGAUUCAAUACUCGACUCGAUAUUGGAUUCUUGGCGAGGCGAAUGAUUUCGUAAAUUUGGCCAAAAUAGUUCGUCACUUUUUGUAUAUUUUUUACCGCGAUGUAGGGAGAAAGAGCAGCGAAAAGAAUUGUUUUUAUCGUAUCGAAACUGUUACAUCGGAUGGAAAGGUUGAUUCUUUGGAGGCUAUUAUCGAGAGACAAUAGUAUUAACUCGUCGAGAGUAUUAGAGACGAGUUUGUGGCGAGCUCGUCUUGGCUCGAUUAGAGAACCGUGUAGAGAGAACAGUCGGAUUACCAUGGUAGAGAAAUUUAUGAUUACAACGACCCUGUACUACGGCCAAUCGUACACCAUUCCUGUACA